GUUGUUUUCUAAAAGAUGGAAGAUACAUGAUACUAUUUGAUACAUAUAAAAGGUAGUACAAAUAGAGAUAGAAUCUGCAUUUUGUAUGAAAAUGAAGAAUAAUUUUGAUAUAACAAAGAUUAAGUAGUCUCUAUUUUACAAAAUGUUGGAAGUAUGUGUCUUAACUUGCCUAUGUUUGGUAAAUAGCAUGUCUUUAGUUGAAUGUCUCAUUUUCACGUUGUCCCUAGCUGUAACCAUAAUAUUUAAGUACAGGCUAGUACCUUUUAUUUAGAAUAUUUCAAUUUGAUUUUCAUUUCAUUUUUCAGAAGAAGCCCUAAUAGAUGAAUUGCCAAAGGAGAGCCAAUGUACAGAGAGCCCUAGUACUUCAUAUCCACAUAGGUUCUGUCAGUCAUUGCUGAGUACUUUUAAACAUGUGGUAACAGAUGACUUAGAUGAACACCUUAGGGAUAAUUUAUCAAAGGGGCACCAAUAUACAGAGAGUCCUAAAAAAUUCAUGUCCAAAGAGCUCAUGUCAGUCUUUGCUGAGUUAUUUUAAACAUGUGAUAACAGAUGACUUAGAAAAAGCCCUAAUAGAGGAAUUGCCAAAGGAGAGCCAAUGUACAGAGAGCCCUAGUACUUCAUAUCCACAUAGCUUCUGUCAGUCAUUGCUGAGUACUUUUAAACCUGUGGUAACAGAUGACUUAGAUGAACACCUUAGGGAUAAUUUAUCAAAGGGGCACCAAUAUACAGAGAGUCCUAAAAAUUCAUGUCCAAAGAGCUCAUGUCAGUCUUUGCUGAGUACUUUUAAACAUGUAAUAACAGAUGACUUAGAAGAAGCCCUAAUAGAUGAAUUGCCAAAGGAGAGCCAAUGUACAGAGAGCCCUAGUACUUCAUAUCCACAUAGCUUCUGUCAGUCAUUGCUGAGUACUUUUAAACCUGUGGUAACAGAUGACUUAGAUGAACACCUUAGGGAUAAUUUAUCAAAGGGGCACCAAUAUACAGAGAGUCCUAAAAAUUCAUGUCCAAAGAGCUCAUGUCAGUCUUUGCUGAGUACUUUUAAACAUGUAAUAACAGAUGACUUAGAAGAAGCCCUAAUAGAUGAAUUGCCAAAGGAGAGCCAAUGUACAGAGAGCCCUAGUACUUCAUAUCCACAUAGCUUCUGUCAGUUAUUGCUGAGUACUUUUAAACAUGUGGUAACAGAUGACUCAGAAGAAGCCCUAAUAGAUGAAUUGCCAAAGGAGAGCCAAUGUACAGAGAGCCCUAGUACUUCAUAUCCACAUAGCUUCUGUCAGUUAUUGCUGAGUACUUUUAAACAUGUGGUAACAGAUGACUUAGAUGAACACCUUAGGGAUGAUUUGUCAAAGGGGAACCAAUAUAAAGAGAGUCCUGGUAAUUCAUGUCCAAAGAGCUCAUGUCAGUCAUUGCUGAGUACUUUUAAACCUGUGAUAACAGAUGACUUAGAGGAAGCCCUAAGAGAUGAAUUGCCAAAGGGGAGCCAAUGUACAGAGAGCCCUAGUACUUCAUAUCCACAUAGCUUCUGUCUGUCAUUGCUGAGUACUAUUAAACCUGUGGUAAUAGAUGACUUAGAUGAACACCUUAGGGAUGAUUUGUCAAAGGGGAACCAAUAUAAAGAGAGUCCUGGUAAUUCAUGUCCAAAGAGCUUAUGUCAGUCAUUGCUGAGUACUUUUAAACCUGUGAUAACAGAUGACUUAGAAGAAGCCCUAAUAGAUGAAUUGCCAAAGGAGAGCCAAUGUACAGAGAGCCCUAGUACUUCAUAUCCACAUAGCUUCUGUCAGUCAUUGCUGAGUACUUUUAAACAUGUGGUAACAGAUGACUUAGAUGAACACCUUAGGGAUAAUUUAUCAAAGGGGCACCAAUAUACAGAGAGUCCUAAAAAAUUCAUGUCCAAAGAGCUCAUGUCAGUCUUUGCUGAGUACUUUUAAACAUGUAAUAACAGAUGACUUAGAAGAAGCCCUAAUAGAUGAAUUGCCAAAGGAGAGCCAAUGUACAGAGAGCCCUAGUACUUCAUAUCCACAUAGCUUUUGUCAGUCAUUGCUGAGUACUUUUAAACAUGUGGUUACAGAUGACUUAGGUGA